AUGGCAGCAUCUCUGGACAGGAUUUUCCUCGACACAAUAUGCCAGGAGGAAAAUCUUCCCAGGUUUGCUGACUGCUGUGCUAAAAAGGAUCCUGAAAGAAAUGACUGCUUCCUCUCCCUUAAGAAUUCCUCAAGGGGGUUCACUUCUCCUUUUCAAAGGCCAAGUGCUGAAGCUGCCUGCAAAAACCACUCACAGCAUCAACAUUCGUUAGGAGGACAUUUCAUCUAUGAGCUUUCCAGACAGCAUCCCUUCCUCUACGCCCCGACCAUCCUUUCUGUCGCUGUCCGCUACGAGGAGAUGGUGCAGGACUGCUGUGGAAGCGCAGAAGAUCCCGCUCCUAAUGCAGAGGAAUGUUUUCGGAGACAGACACCAAAGGUGGUGAAGCCACUAAAAGAUGGCCUGAGGCAAGAACACAUGUGUGGAAUCUUGAAGAAGUUUGGAGAAAAGACCUUAAAGGCCCUGAAACUUGCCCAGAUAAGCCAGAAGUUCCCUAAAGCUGAUUUUGUCACUGUUAACAAGCUGGUGCUGGCUGUCGCUGCCGUGCAUGAGGCCUGCUGCCGCGGAGAUAUGUUGGAGUGCAUGCACAGCAGGGAGGAGAUUCUACACUAUGUCUGCACCAACCAAGGCAUCCUAUCAAGUAAAAUUAAGAAGUGCUGUGAAAAGCCACUGUUACAACAAAGUGAAUGCAUCAUUAACGCAGAAAAUGAUGACAGACCUGCAGACCUGUCACCCAGUGUCAGGGAGUUUAUCGAGGACAAAGGAGCAUGUGAACGUUUUGCCCUGGAUAAAGACACACAUGUGGCCAGGUUUCUCUACGAAUAUUCCAGGAGACACCCUGAAUUCUCAGCUCAAAUGCUUUUAAGAAUUCGUAAAGGCUACGAGGACCUGCUGAAGGAGUGCUGCCAGAGCGGGGCUCCCGCCAACUGCUGCCGCAGAGGGGAGGAAGAACUGAAGAAACAUGUUUAUGAAACUCAAAGUGUCAUGAAGACAAGCUGUGGCAUAUACAAGGAGAAAGGAGAUUACUAUUUCCAAAAUGAGUAUAUCAAGUUCACCAAGCAAAUGACCACAAUUGGCUCCAAGUGCUGCCAGCUGAGCCAGGACAAGCUACUGCCUUGUGCUGAGGAGAACGUGAGUAUCCAACUGGAUCUUGUGCUUGGAGAAAUCUGUAGAAGACACGAGAUGGAUCCUAUAAACCCCGGAGUCUGCCACUGCUGUAGCAGCUCCUAUUCCUUCAGGAGGCCGUGCAUGGGGAAACUAGAAAUUGAUGAGAAUUACGUGCCCUUGCCCUUGACUCCUGGUCUGUUCACGUUCCACGAAGACCUGUGUACAAGUGAAGAGGAGAAGCUGCAGCACAAGAAGCAGGAGUAUGGGGCUUGCUUGGCUUUUCCCCACAGGAUGCUCAUCAACCUCGUCAAGUACAAGCCCCAGAUCACGCCCGAGCAGCUGGCCUCGGUCACAGUGGCCUUUGCUGCCAUGAGGGAGCGGUGCUGCUGGGAGGAGAACCGCCAGGCCUGCUUCGCCACACAGGUACUGGUUCCAUUGGCACACACCCACCCCUCCCCCAAGCCAACAGGGCAACAAGAUGUGGAUGCAGGAGUGUGA